CUCCAAGGUGUCUCCUCUCCAAUGUUCAGCUUAUGAUCAUAUCCAUCCAAAAAGGCUACUACUACUGCUGCUGUUGCUGCUCCAGAGUCAUUUGGAUAUCUUCUUCGUACCGGUCAAUCGACAACAUCGUUUGGUGAAAAGGAGGUAGCUACUUGGUCCUCCUCUCUGGCUCUCUCUCUCACUCACUCACCCCCUAUCUCCAUCUCCGUCACACAAUGUCUCUCCCAUUUCUCGAGCUCCCACCUCUUUGCUCAACACCGGCGCGACCGAUAUCCCAUUCAUCGAUGAUCAAUUCGUCUACAAUCAACAGAACCGCGACAGGCCAGCCAUCUCUUCUUCCAUUACAACCCCUCCUAAACAGUAAUGAUGCCAACUCUGGCAGAUAUACCCUGGCACCCCUCGUUUCUAAUCACGCCUCGGCUAACACGGGCUCUUCCCACCAUUAUGGCAAAGUUCCCGUGACACCUGGAGGGCAAAUGAUCACGUUACCAUUCACUCCUUCUCCAACCUGUAAUAUAGCCCGCAAUGCCAACAGCACUUUUACACGUACAACAUCUUGCUUCUCCAUUGGAUCUAACACCUCCAACAACUCUACAAUGGCUACCCCGCCGUCAGACGACUCGGCAGACGAUCUACCCGUGUCGCCAGAGCAGUCCAUCAGAUUGGCUGGCCUCAAGCCCCCAGCGAGAUACCCUGGCGCCCUCCCAGAGUCUUUCUCGCGUCAAGAUCCCGUCCCAGGCGACGAAUCUGAUAAUGAGGACGACGAGUCCAAGAAGCAAAAAGGAGCUCCCAGUCAGAAUCCCUGGGACUACAUGCGACCUUUGAAAAAGAAGGAGAGGCGACGAUUCACUCGACGGGAACUCGAGGCGAUCGAGACGCUGUGGUGGGUGGAGAAGGCACCAAACAAGUAUCAGAGGCAGAGAAUUGGUGCUUGGCUCGGCGUUAAGACUAAGCACAUUACCGUUUGGUUUCAGAACAAGCGUCAAGAGAGCAAAAAGCAUGCUAAGGAACAGCAAGAGACGCUGGACAAGUCGGUCAAGCAGGACCUGGAAGACACCAAGACCGAGACCCAUCGACCACGCCUUCAUCACGAACCGGACGCGGCUCGUAUGACCCGGGUACCGGUAAAUGGCGACCGGUCCCCGCUUAUCUCAUUUCCAGCGCUCAACCUCCAGCUCAGGCCAAGUGCAACGCGAUUCUCGCGAUUGCCAACGGGGAAUUGAGUCGAGAAGAGUUCCUCACCACCACUUCGGCCCCUACUCUCGCAUUACCUCGAUUGGCGCGAACUCGACCCGUCCUAGGACGAA